GUGGUGAACUUGCGCGUCUUUGUUGAGAAAAAAAUGUCGACGCGAAAAGUAUUUAAUCAUUAGUCAGAAAGCCUGUCUACACUUGAUGCUUAUUAUUGUUGUUGUUGUUGCUGCUGUUAUUUAGUUGUAUUUUUUCGUGUUUGUGUGUGUGUUGUGUGCUGUGGCAAGAAACAGAUGCAAAGCAGCAAAAGUUAUGUAAAUGCUGCAAACUGCAAUUGUUGAUGCAGCGAGGCAUUAGAAAUAAACUCCAUACGACACGACGACACGGUGGCGCUCCUGUCGACCGCAAAGUGAAACUGCUGCAGUGGCGAAAGUCGCCAAAAACGUACACAGACACAAAACACAGCAGACAGACAAACACGCACACAGCGAAUAAGCAAAAUAGCGAAAUAACAAAAUAACAAAAAACAGCAACAAAACGAAACUAAGCGAAACGAAACAACAAACAAAACGAAGCAAAAUAAGAAAGCAAGCGAAACAUGGACAACUGUGACCAGGACGCUGGCUUUCGUCUGGGGCCGAUAAAGGAGGAAGUGAAGCCGGACAUCUCGCAGCUAAAUGACAGCAACAACAGCAGCUUUUCGCCCAAGGCCGAGAGUCCCGUGCCCCCAUUUCUGCAGGCCAUGAAUAUGGCCAACGUGCUUCCCGGAGUCGGUGGCAAUAACAACAACGCCAAUCAAAUGGCCGCCACAUCACAGCAGCAGCAACAACAGCAGCAACAGCAGCAACAAUAUCCGCCAAAUCAUCCGCUGAGCGGAUCAAAGCACUUGUGCUCCAUCUGCGGGGACCGGGCGAGUGGCAAGCACUAUGGCGUCUACAGCUGCGAGGGAUGCAAGGGCUUCUUCAAGCGCACCGUGCGCAAGGAUCUCACAUAUGCGUGCCGCGAGAAUCGCAACUGCAUUAUCGACAAGCGGCAGCGCAAUCGCUGCCAAUACUGUCGCUAUCAGAAGUGCUUGUCGUGCGGCAUGAAGCGCGAGGCGGUGCAGGAGGAGCGACAGCGUGGGGCACGCAGCUCGGCGGCACGCAACAGCGCUGGUAGCGGCAAUGCAAGUGGACUCGGUGGCGGACCCGUUGGAGGCGCAAGUGGCAACAGCAGCGGCGGGAACUUGAGUGGCAGCAAUCUUGGCAGCGGCGGCGGCAGCAAUCUGGGUGGCGCCUCUGAUGAGUUCAUGGCCAACAAUGUGUCCCGCGACUUCACCAUCGAACGGCUGCUGGACGCCGAGCAACGGGCAGAGACGCACAGUGGCGAUCAAGCGCUCGCCUUUCUGCGGGUUGGACCCAAUUCCACCGUGCAACCGGACUACAAAGGAGCCGUCUCCGCCCUGUGCCAGGUGGUGAACAAACAGCUCUAUCAGAUGGUAGAGUAUGCACGCCUCAUGCCACAUUUUGCCCAACUGCCACUCGACGAUCAGGUCAUACUGCUGAAGGCCGCAUGGAACGAGUUGCUGAUCGCGAACGUCGCCUGGUGCAGCAUUGUGUCGCUGGACGACUCGCUCGGCGGCAUGGGGCACGGGGAUAGCGCCUUUGAGCGGCGAUCGCCGGUGAUGCAGCCACAGCAGCUGUUCCUCAACCAGAGUUUCUCGUAUCAUCGCAAUAGCGCCAUCAAGGCGGGCGUGCAUUCCAUCUUCGAUCGCAUUCUGUCAGAGUUGAGUGUGAAGAUGAAACGCUUGAAUCUCGAUCGACGGGAAUUGUCGUGCCUCAAAGCGAUCAUACUCUACAAUCCGGACAUCAGGGGCAUUAAGAAUCGAGCGGACAUCGAGCUCUGUCGCGAGAAGGUUUACGCCUGCCUCGAUGAGCACUGUCGCGUCGAGCAUCCCGGCGAUGAUGGACGCUUUGCUCAGCUAUUGUUGCGGCUGCCUGCGUUGCGUUCGAUCAGUUUGAAGUGCUUGGAUCACUUGUUUUUCUUUCGCAUCAUCAGCGAUCGGCCGCUGGAGGAGCUGUUCAUUGAGCAGCUGGAAUCGCAACCGCCGCCAGGAUUGACGCUCAAGCCCGAAUGAGUUGCAGCUGAUGAGGACGAGGACGAUGAUGAUGCGCUGUUAUCGUUAUCGAUGUCCCUGGAAAUAGAUAUAUAGAAAAAUGAUCGAUGAUCGAUUGGAUCGGAAUCGAUUGAUUGUGAUUGAGUUUAUGCGCAUUUCUCCCCCCACUUACCCCUUUUAAUUUAAUAUGAGAUGAUACUACAUAAAAUAUAAAAUAUGUCAU